AUGUACGUUGGCUUCGUGGCAGCAAAAGCACAGCGAGUGCACGCAGACUCUUGCCACGCUCAACGUGUCCUACCUGUUCCACCGCACGACGGAAGGCAUCCUGGAGCCUUAUCUUUGCAAGGAGCCAACAUUGUCCUUGUGACUGUUCUGUCAGCUGGGCUAUGCAAAAUGCGGAAGUCUCGAAGAAGCCGCGUGCGCAGGAAGGCCUUGACGGACGACAUCUCCCAAGCUAUCGAUGAAGUCGGCAAUACGUUUGAGGAUGCAGUUUUGCACCUCGCCCGGCUUCCAGCCUUUCUGACUGGUCGGGCCGAGACUCCAGGGACGGCAGAGGUAGGGGACGCUCCGGCAGCUUCGGAGAGGAGCAGAGUUGUCGUGCUGGGGACCGGCUGGGCAGCCCAUGCCAUAGCAAAGAUCAUCGACGUCAGCAAAGUGGAUGUGACAGUGGUAUCCCCUAGGAACUACUUCAUCUUCACCCCCAUGCUGGCCGCUGCAUCCGUGGGUACGGUCGAGUACCGCUCAAUCCUGGAGCACAUACGCAGCUCCAACCCAACAAUUGGGUACCUCCAAGGUGCAUGCAAGAGUGUGGAGGUCGAGAAGAAGCAGGUCCUCAUUCAACCGGUUCCAGAAGGGUCCGAGCCGGAAUUCGCACUGCCCUAUGAUGUUCUUGUGGUUGCUGUUGGACUUCGGCCCAGCUCUCUCGGAGUGCCAGGUGUGGACGACCAUUGCUUGUUCCUGAAGAACAUCGACGACGCGCGCCGCUUGCGCAAGCGGGUCACGCUGAACUUCGAAGCUGCCGAUCUGCCUGGCAAGUCCGAGGAGGAGCGUCGGCGGCUUCUCACUUUUGUCAUAGUGGGUGGUGGGCCUACAGGCUGCGAGUUUUGCGGCGAGCUCUCGGAUUUCGUGAGGAACGAUCUGCGCCGCUUUUACCCCAAGCUUGCACCUUUGGUUCGCAUCAUACUUGUUCAUCGAGGGGCGACUCUACUGCCUGACUUCGGCGAAAGCCUGCAGCAAGCAGCCGGCGAGUUCUUGGAGACACAGGGCAUAGAGGUCAUCCUCAAAACCACAGUGGUAAAGGUCGAGAAGAAGCAAGUUCACCUUGCCCAGAAGGAUGGGAGUGACGAGAGGAUCAUGCCAUGCGGCUUGGUGGUUUGGGCGGCCGGACAGAUUGGCCAAGACUUGGUCAGGGAUUUGCACAAGACGAUCCCUAAGCAAAAGGAGCUUGCGGAGUCCGAGGCGCGCGGGAACGAUAGCCAGCUCUUUGUGGAUGAAUGGAUGCGCGUCUGCGGAGCUCCAUCAGGAUCCAUAAUCGCUCUUGGAGAUUGCGCCCGUCCCGCUGGUGCACCACAGUUUCCAAACACUGCACAGGUGGCAGCACAGCAAGGAGCCUUUGUUGCACGACUCUUGAACAGGCAGUACGACUUGGCACAACCACAUCCGGCGCUAAGGGACGGAGCUGCCUUUAUGGCGAUGGCGCAGCUUACAGGGCAAACGGAAGCUAAACCAUUUCGUUUUUUGGAUCUGGGGCGUUUGGCAUACUUGGGACAGUCGAAGGCCGUGGCAGAACUUGGCGUGGGAGAAACAACGGUGUCACAAACAAAAGGGCUGGCGGCGUUUGUGCUAUGGCGAUCCGUCUACAUCGUGAAGCAGGUCAGCUUUCGCAACCGUGUCCUAGUUCUUUUUGACUGGGUUAAAAGCCGAAUCUUUGGCAGAGACCUCACUCGAAUAUGA